GUUCACUGCAGGGAAGCUCCUAAAAGAUAGCUGCGCUACCUCAGAUUAAAUCUAGAUUAAUUAAAGAAAACCUUUGUUACUGACCUGUACAUUGCCUUUUUUAUAUUCACCGAAUCUUAUUAAACGGUUUCCUGGACGUGUCACGUCGCUGGACCUCGUUAUUUGUCUCAUUUUCAGCACUUUUUCGUCGCCAAAUCUGCCCCCUUGGGAUCGUGCUAACGUUAGCUCAGCGGCUAGCCACCAUUCACUCCUCGAAGAAAGAAUCGAAUAGUUGUUAUCACAAUCAUGGAUCGAACAGGAGUCACGACAGAAACACCAAAGAGCCCGUGGGGUUCGGUGACCCCGGCAGCUCCGGCCUGCUCACUGGCUGAUGUAAUGAGUGAACAGCUGGCCAGACAGCUGGAGGAGGAGAACAACACCUUCCCUACUCUCACUGAGCCUGGAUCAGACCUGUUGCUGUCGGACGAGACUUCGGAUACGACCAGUGACCUGAUGCUCGCCCAGAUGUUGCAGAUGCAGUUCGACCGCGAGUUUGACGAUCAGCUCCGCCGCGAGGAGAAGAAGUUCAACGGAGACAGCAAAGUGUCCAUCUCCUUUGAGAACUACAGGAUGGUCCAUCCAUAUGAAGACAGCGACAGCUCGGAGGACGAGGUGGACUGGCAGGACACGAGACACGACCCCUACAGAGCAGAAAAGCCUCAGACCACGCCCAGGAAAGGCUUCACUGGGAAAGGAAAGAACAUCACCACCAAACACGACGAGGUGAUGUGUGGACGUAAGAACACUGCUCGCAUGGACAAUUUUGCUCCUGAGGUCCACGUGGGUGACGGUCUGGGGAUGGACCUGAAGUUGUCCAACCAGGUGUUCAACUCUCUGAAGCAGCACUGCUACAGCGAGCAGAGACGCAGCUCCAGGCUGCACGAGAAGAAGGAGCACUCCACCGCCGAACAAGCAGUGGACCCUCGCACUCGCCUGCUGAUGUAUAAGAUGGUGAACGCCGGCGUGCUGGAACACAUCAACGGCUGCAUCAGCACCGGGAAAGAGUCCGUCGUCUUCCACGCUGACGGAGGGAGCCUGGAGGAGCAGCCGGUCCCGGACGAGGUGGUGCUGAAGGUGUUCAAGACGACGCUCAACGAGUUCAAGAACAGAGACCGCUACAUCAAAGACGACUAUCGCUUCAUAGACAGAUUCAGCAAACUGAACCCGCGCAAAAUCAUCAGGCUGUGGGCCGAGAAGGAGAUGCACAACCUGACCAGGAUGAAGAAGGCGGAGAUCCCCUGUCCGGAGGUGGUGCUGUUGAAGAAACACAUCCUGGUGAUGUCGUUCAUCGGUAAAGACCACGUUCCCGCUCCCAAACUCAAAGACGCCAAGUUGGGCUCCGAGGACAUGAAGAACGCCUACUACCAGGUCCUACAUAUGAUGCAGCAGCUGUUUCAGGAGUGUAACCUGGUCCAUGCUGAUCUCAGUGAAUACAACAUGCUGUGGCACGAAGGGAAGGUGUGGCUGAUAGACGUCAGUCAGUCCGUCGAGCCCACCCAUCCUCACGGCCUGGAGUUCCUCUUCAGAGACUGCAGGAACGUUUCCACGUUUUUCCAGAAGAGAGGAGUGAGCGAGGCGAUGAGUGUGUACGACCUUUUCAACGCCGUGACCGGACUGAACAUCCCUGUAGGCGCAGAAGAAGAGGCUGAAUUUGUCGCCGAGAUUGUGGCGUUGGAGAAGAGGAACGAGGAUCACGUUCAGAGGCGAGGGAAGAAAACGUUCCCCCUCUCCUCCGAGGACGGCGGUCCUCCUUUAAAACCCGACGCUGAUGACUAACGCUCGCCCGGCUCGCUCUCUCUUCACGAUCCCGCCGUGUUGAAAACGCUGUAAGGAGGAGAUGAACGGAGGAGGAGGACCUGGCACCUCGUCCCCCCCACCCCCCCACCCUCCAACGCCUCCCACCACCACCCACUAACCCCACACACCCGACGGAGCGCCUCCUCCUGGCUGCAGGAGGAAUGAUUUCACCCAGUUGGAUGUUGAAGCCGGAGCGUCCGAGCCGCUGAGAGGCUCCAGCUGGGUUUUCUGAAGCUGAGACCACAUCUCAUAUCUCCUGCUGCUGUGGCUCAAGCUGAGAUUGAUUACAGUGUGUGUGUUUGUAAGAAUCAUAAAGAUACAUAAAGAUUUCCACACAGGACCUCGUCCACCAGCUGGAGCCGCUGCUGAGCUCCGUUCAAACCCUCGAGAUUUACUUUAAAUUCUAGUGGAGGGACCCAAAGGUGUCACGAAUUUUGGGAAAAAUAUGUCGAAAAUGUGCAAAAAAUAAAAAAACCUAAACGUGUA